GUUCUUUACUGUAGGUGAAGGUGGUGGCCAUCGAUGGACGUCUGGACAUUCUUCAUCAGAGCAUCGUUCACUUUGACUCUGAACUUCCUGAGUUCAGGACUCAGGGGGGGGUUCAUCUCCAUGGUGAUGGACUGACGGUCACCUCUCCGGUGCUGAUGUGGGUCAAGGCUCUCGACUUGCUAUUGGACAAGAUGAAGAAGGCGGAGUUUGACUUCAGCCGAGUCAGAGCGCUGUCAGGCAGCGGCCAACAACAUGGCAGUGUUUACUGGAGAAGACGGGCGUCUGAGACACUGACUCAACUGGACUCGGACCAGAAUCUACACCAGCUGCUGCAGGACAGUUUCUCUGUGUUGGACAGUCCCGUGUGGAUGGACUCCAGCAGCAGUCAGCAGUGUCACGACCUGGAGGCAGCAGCAGGGGGCGCUCUGAGGCUGGCAGAGAUCACUGGAUCCAGAGCCUACGAGCGUUUCACAGGAAACCAGAUCGCCAAGUUGCGACAGACUCGACUGGAGGAUUUCCAGGACACUGAGAGGAUCUCAUUGGUCAGCAGUUUUGCGGCCUCUCUCUUCCUCGGUGAUUACGCUGCCAUCGACUACAGCGACGGCUCUGGGAUGAAUCUGCUCGACAUCAGGACCAGAAACUGGUCCGAGAUCUGCCUGGAUGCUGUCGCUCCACACCUGGGCCGACUGCUGGGAGCUCCGCUGCCCUCCACAUCUGUCCUGGGUCCGGUCUCCUCCUACUUUGUGCGUCGAUAUGGAUUCUGUGAUGGCUGCAGUGUGGUGGCCUUCACUGGGGACAACCCAGCCUCUCUGGCAGGAAUGAGGCUGCAGCCGGGAGACGUGAGCGUAAGUUCAUCAAACAACUGA